AUGUUGGCCGAAAUCGACACCCUUGACAUCCAUGUCAUCGUCAAUGACGAACUCGACCCCAUCUCUCCAAGUCCUAAUCCUGCCGUGAAAGUUGCAAGUCGGUUCAUGGGUAUUCCUCUCUCGCCUUUGAGCUCGGAGCGCGGCGGAGCAACUAUGGAAAUGCGCAUGGAUAAUAUUUGCUGUGCGGCUCAUGGGAUUUCUUUGCUUCUUAUCGCGACCAAGGGCGAUAAGAAGCACUACUUCUUAUUCGACGCAGGACCCGAAGGCGAGGUCUGGGAGAGAAACACCCGCCGUCUCCGAACAGAGAUCGGCGAGAUCCCAAAUAGUUGAUUCCAGCAAAUGCUGCCAUUGCUUCCACCCAAAUUAUUACCUGACAUACCACAGAUCAGUCACAUGCUUGUGGAAACAUAGAACAUGUCCGAUUUUACUUACAGCGAUGUCCUCAUUGCGGAAUACUAACUAUGUGAUGGUCUCGAGCAAUUAUCUGACGAAAUUCUAACAUGAGGAGAGAAAGGAAAGGUGCAUGCCUGCCGGCAACGAGCUAUCUAGUGUGUGCGAGGGCUUUAAGCGAUGCUCAGUGAAUGUCCUACGCCAAAUAGGCC